UGCCCAUCAUUGGCUGUUGGAGGAAGCUGGAGAAACCAUGAUUGUUUGCAUGUUGCUAAGCGACAGGCUGGCUGCUAGGAACACUUUGUGAGAUAAAGUUGGUGUGUACAGACGGCCGGCUGCUGUGAUCUGCAUGAUGGCUGAGGAGGUGGAUGGAGAGCAGGGACCCCGCAGUACCUUCACCACAUACAUGGCUGAGGGAGAGCAACUCUACCACAAGGGGGAGUACAGCAAAGCCAAGGAGAGCUUCAGCAAUGCUCUGGAGUUACAGCCCACUGACAAACACUGCCUGGUAGCACGAUCCAAAUGUUCCUUAAAACUUGGAGAUCCAGAAGCAGCUUUUAGGGACGCAGAAGCCUCUCUGCAAGAAGACGGGGACUUUUUUAGGGGCCUUUAUCAGAAGGCAGAAGCUCUGUAUGCCAAGGGGGACUUUGAGUUUGCCCUUGUGUUUUAUCAUAGAGGGGUCAAACUACGUCCUGAGCUUCAAGAAUUUCGUCUAGGAAUUCAGAAAGCCCAAGAAGCCAUUGAGAACUCAGUUGGAACUCCGGCAUCUGUAAAGUUGGAAAACAAAGAGGGAGUUGCAUUCCUUAGCAAGCAAGAAGAGAGCAAAAAGGCUAAACAAAAAGCACCAGCAAAGGUGCCAAAAAAAGACCCCAAGCAACAGAAGAAGGCAGACCCUUUGAAAAGUCAAAAGACUACACGUCAGCUACUGGGAGAAAUAUACAACGAUAUGGAAUACCUGGAGACACUACUAAAGGAUGAAGGCCUGGUGAAAGGAAAUACUCGAAGUGGGUUGAAGCUGCAAGACCUGAUAUUGAAUGCAAUCACCUACCUGGACACACGCACAGAGUUCUGGAGGCAGCAAAAGCCUAUUUAUGCACGUGAGAGGGACCGCAGAAUAAUGCAGCAGAAGUGGAAGAAACAGCGGGCCAAACCCUCUGAUCCCCACCAAUACGUCCUUAACAGCAUGGAAGAGAUUGACUUUUUACUAUCCAAAGGAGAUGCAAAGGGAAGCCACAAGAAGGCACAGCAAGUCCUAAAGAACAUUACAAGCUGGAAAGAUGACAUGCCUAAUAAGCAGGAGAUAAUUGGGAAUCUACAUAGUUGCAUAGGGGCUGCUAAGAUGGACAUGGGGCAGAUGGAUGAGGCUCUAAAAAGUCACAAAAAGGAUCUGGAGAUAGCAAAACAACGUGACUUACCUGAAGCAAAAUCACGGGCACUGGAUAAUAUAGGAAGAGUAUAUGCACGGAUUGGGAAAUUUAAGGAAGCCGUUAAAGUGUGGGAAGAAAAGAUUCCACUGGCAACAUCAAGCCUAGAGAAGACUUGGCUGUUUCAUGAAAUUGGGAGAUGUUAUUUAGAACUGGGAUUGUUGGAGAAUGCAAGAAACUAUGGGAUGAAAUCUCAAGAGGAAGCAGAAGAAGCUAGAGAUGUAGAAUGGCAGCUCAAUGCCAGUGUCCUUGUGGCACAGGCACAAGUAAAACUGAAGGAUUACCAGUCUGCUGUUGGCAACUUUGAAAAAGCAUUAGAAAAAGCAAAAUGUGUAAAGAAUACGGAGGCAGAGCAAGCCAUCCUUACUGCCCUUGAAAAUGCAAAAAGGGAAAGUGAAGAGCCGCUGAAUUCAGAACAUGGUGACAAAGAAGAUUCUCCUAGAGAAGAACAUGCAUCAAGUGUAGAGAAUCAGGAAGAACAAAAGUCAAGUGGAGAGAAUCAUGAAGAACAUAUGUCAAGUGGAGAGAAUCAGGAGAGAGAGAGUCCAGAUACUUCUGCUUAAAUAGGGAGUCUGAGGAUGUAAGAUUAAUUUACUUUGGGUAAAUUACAGCAGAAUGUCAGUGCAAUGGUAAAUUGUGCUCAUUGUUAAGCAAGAACAUGUAAAUAAAACAUUACAUUUUACAAUCCA